GGAUUUUGGUGUAAUUUUACAAAUACAGUGGUACCUCUACAUACGAUCACUUCGACACACGAUCUUUUCGACAUCCGACGUAAAAUUUGAGCCGCCAUUUGUUUCUACAUCCGACGAGUUGCUCGAAAUACGACGAUUUACGGCAGCGUCGUGAUUGAAUUGGUUUCGCUGAAUACCGCAGCACGGCGGGUUUUCUUUAAAAAAAAAAAAUCAACAUGGGUCCCAAGGUCGUUGGUAAAAGUGAGGGGAAAAGGAAAAAGGAGAUGCUUACAAUUGAAAUUAAGAAAGAGAUGAUUGAAAAAUAUGAGCAGGGUGCACGCGUUAGCGAGUUGGCUCGACAAUAUGGCCGGAAUAUGUCAACAAUUUCGACGGUCAUCAAGCAGGCGGAAGCUAUAAAGAAGGUAAACGCCUCCAAAGGGACUACUAUCCUGUCGAAACGUCGUGGCGUUAUUUUGGAGGAGAUGGAACGCCUUUUACUCAUUUGGAUUAAGGAUAAAGAGAUCGCUGGUGAUUCAGUCACUGAAGCAAUAAUCUGUCAGAAAGCGUGCGCUGUUUAUAAUGACUUAAAGACCGCACCUGAAGGGAACGCGGAAGUGGAGAGCCAUCUCGCCGCCGAGGAAGAAUUCAAGGCUUCUCACGGUUGGUUCGAAAAGUUCAAGAAACGGACCGGUAUUCAUUCUGUUGUUCGUCACGGGGAGGCUGCAAGUUGUGACGCCGAGACUGGCAAGGAAUUUGUUCAGCAUUUUGAAAACAUCGUGGAGGAAGGAGGCUACGUGGAGCUGUCUCGGCCGCCUCCGUUCGCCAUGCACCCUAAGUUAAGAACGUGGCUCGCCGCAUCCUCCCUCGGCUCGCCGUAUUCCCUCCUCCUGCAACACCCGCUGUCUCGUUCACCACUCUAAAUCAAGCACGGGCUCGCCGUGUCCUCCUGCAACAUGCGCUGUCUGCUUCGUCUCCAUUCACCGCUUUUACGUUAAGGUGACAAUAAAAAUGCUUUUUUCAAACCACUGAUUGUUGUUAUUAUUAUUAUUAUUACGACUUUUAUUCAUAAUUUAUUUGUUUUGCUUUGUUUAAUUGCUAUUUGUAAUAGUACCAGCAGUAUUUAUAAUGGAUUAGGUUGGGUUUUUGGGCUGUGGAACGAAUUAAUUGAAUUACAAUGUAUUCCUAUGGGAAAAGCCUGCUCGACAUACGACCAUUUCGACUUACAAUCAAGGUCCUGGAACGGAUUAACUUCGUAUGUAGAGGUACCACUGUAUA